AUGAACUCCUCCAAAAACAAUAAUAACCUCACAACCCCACCCUCACAAGAUAAGAAUGAAAAAGUGUCUUUCGCCGAAGCAACAGGGGAAAAACCCAGAAAGACAAUCAGUGAGAAUGAGCUUGGGAAUAGUGGAAACAACGAUAAGGAUCAGAUUGGGUUAGUGAUGGAGGAUGAGAUAGAACCAGAGGUAGAUAUGGGAGCAAAGAUCAGUGUUUUGAAAACCGAACCGAUCAGUUCAAUCGGGAAUCGCUGUCUAGUCCGAGUAAAGGAUAUUGAAGCUGAGAAAGAAAGAAGAGUAGUUAGAAGCCCAGGGUUUAGCUUUUCUGCUGCUGGUCUUUUGUUCCCUUGUCAUCUUGGAGUUGCCCAGUUUCUCAUUGAAAAGGGUUACAUAAAGGAAACCACACCAUUGGCUGGUUCAUCUGCUGGUGCCAUAGUAUGUGCAGUGAUUGCUUCUGGAGCUAGCAUGGAUGAAGCCCUAAAAGCAGCUAAAAUCCUGGCUCAUGAUUGCCGGGUUAAAGGGACUGCUUUUCGUCUUGGGGCUGUUCUCCGACAUGUUCUUGACAAGUUUCUGCCUCAUGAUAUUCAUACUAGGUCCAAUGGGAGGGUUCGUGUUGCUGUAACUCAGAUUCUUUGGAGGCCUAGAGGUUUACUGGUGGAUCAAUUUGAUUCUAAAGAAGAUCUAAUCAAUGCAGUCAUUGCAUCUUCCUUCAUUCCAGGGUAUCUUGCUCCUCGCCCAGUGACAAUGUUUCGGAAUCGUCUAUGCAUUGAUGGGGGUUUGACAUUAUUUAUUCCCCCAACUCUGCAUCUAAAAUGGUCAGAGUUUGUGCUUUCCCAGCCAGUCAGUUGGGAUUGCCUGGAAUUGGGAUAAGUCCAGACUGCAAUCCUGAAAAUAGAGCUACUGGAAGACGGGUAAUCUCAUAGCUCUGCAAAAGUUAAUUGUUUUCCUCGGGUAUAAGCCUCUGAAUUCUUGUUGCAAACUACUUACAGCUUUUAAACUGGGCGCUGGAGCCAGCAGAUGAUGAAAUUCUUCAUAAACUUUUUGAGCUUGGAUAUCUAGAUGCAGCUGUAUGGGGAGAGCUGAACCCUGUGGAGAACAUUGUUGCAGAACAAAGUCCCUUGUUGGAAUGGUUCUGCAAAGUAAAUACUUGAAUGGUCCUUAAUAUUAAUGGAUAGCAUUUCAGGGUAACUCUCCGAUUACCCUAGCAAGU